CCGCUGCAACGCAGCAAGACCCGGGGCUCACAGCCCCCAGGAAUCCCUAGCUGCCUCGCCAGCGUUACGGGACUGAAGUUCUUGGAGGAACAAGUUCAACUCUUCAAGGUGAACUAUGACCACUUUACUACUGGUCUUUGUGACUCUGAGGGUCAUCACUGCAGUGAGCUCAGAAGAAGUUCCAGACCAUGACAACUCACUGAGCGUGAGCAUCCCUCAACCGUCCCCCCUGAAGGUCCUCCUCGGGACUUCCCUCACCAUCCCCUGCUACUUCAUCGACCCCAUGCAUCCUGUGACCACUGCCCCCUCCACUGCCCCCCUCGCCCCAAGAAUCAAGUGGAGCCGUGUUUCCAAGGAGAAAGAAGUCGUGCUGUUAGUGGCCACUGAAGGACAGGUUCGAGUCAACAGCAUGUACCAAGACAAGGUGUCAUUACCCAACUAUCCAGCCAUCCCCAGUGACGCCACCUUGGAAAUCCAGAACCUUCGCUCCAAUGACUCGGGAAUCUAUCGCUGCGAAGUGAUGCAUGGCAUUGAGGACAGCGAAGCCACCCUAGAGGUCAUAGUAAAAGGCAUUGUAUUCCACUACAGAGCCAUCUCCACGCGCUAUACGCUGGACUUUGACAGAGCUCAGCGGGCUUGCCUGCAGAACAGUGCCAUCAUCGCCACCCCUGAGCAACUGCAGGCCGCCUACGAAGAUGGCUUCCACCAGUGCGAUGCAGGCUGGCUGGCUGACCAGACCGUCAGGUACCCCAUCCACACUCCUCGGGAAGGUUGCUAUGGAGACAAGGAUGAGUUUCCCGGAGUGAGAACCUACGGAAUCCGAGACACCAAUGAGACCUACGAUGUGUACUGCUUCGCGGAGGAGAUGGAGGGCGAGGUCUUUUAUGCCACCUCUCCGGAGAAGUUCACCUUCCAGGAGGCAGCCAAUGAGUGCCGGAGACUAGGGGCACGACUGGCCACCACGGGCCAACUCUACCUGGCCUGGCAGGGCGGGAUGGACAUGUGCAGCGCCGGCUGGCUGGCCGACCGCAGCGUGCGCUACCCCAUCUCCAAGGCUCGGCCCAACUGCGGCGGCAACCUCCUGGGUGUGAGGACGGUCUAUCUGCAUGCCAACCAAACAGGCUAUCCUGAUCCCUCAUCCCGCUAUGACGCCAUCUGUUACACAGGUGAAGACUUUGUGGACAUCCCAGAAAACUUCUUCGGGGUGGGUGGUGAAGAUGACAUCACCAUCCAGACGGUGACCUGGCCAGACCUGGAGCUGCCCCUGCCCAGAAACAUCACGGAGGGAGAAGCCCGGGGCACUGUGAUCCUCACUGUGAAGCCCAUCUUCGACGUGCCCCCCACUAUCUCAGAGCCAGAGGAGGCCCUUACCCUUGUCCCUGAUGUGAGGGCCACAGCCUUCCCCGGGGUUGGGGAGAGAACUGAGGAAGCCAGCAGGCCCUGGGGCUUUCCUGAGGAAACCACGCCUGGGCUGGGCUCUGGCACGGCCUUCACCAGUGAGGACCUGGUGGUGCAAGUGACCCUCGCCCCAGGCGCAGCUGAAGUCCCUGGCCAGCCCCGCUUGCCAGGAGGGGUUGUAUUCCACUAUCGCCCGGGCUCCACCAGGUACUCCCUGACAUUCGAGGAGGCACAGCAGGCUUGCCUGCGCACUGGGGCCGUCAUGGCCUCACCGGAGCAGCUCCAGGCUGCCUACGAGGCAGGCUAUGAGCAGUGUGAUGCCGGUUGGCUGCAGGACCAGACCGUCAGAUACCCCAUUGUGAGCCCACGGACCCCAUGUGUGGGUGACAAGGACAGCAGCCCCGGAGUCAGGACCUACGGCACACGGCCGUCAUCAGAAACCUAUGAUGUCUACUGCUACGUGGACAAGCUUGAGGGGGAAGUCUUCUUCAUCACACGCCUUGAGCAGUUCACCUUCCAGGAAGCGCAGGCCUUCUGUGAAGCCCAAAAUGCCACCUUGGCCUCCACCGGCCAGCUCUAUGCUGCCUGGAGCCACGGCCUGGACAAGUGCUAUGCUGGCUGGCUGGCAGAUGGCAGCCUCCGAUACCCCAUAGUCACCCCUCGGCCUGCCUGUGGUGGGGACAAACCAGGCGUGAGAACUGUCUACCUCUACCCCAACCAGACCGGCCUUCCAGACCCGUUGUCUAGGCACCAUGCCUUCUGCUUCCGAGGUGUGUCCGUGGUGCCCUCUCCAGGAAGAGGAGAAGGUGGCAUGCCCACAUCACCCUCUGACGUAGAGGACCGGAUCGUCACUCGGGUGGGGCCGGCCGUGAAUGCUGUGCCUCUGGGGUCGGAGACGACAGCAGGGCCAGAUUUCACCACUGAGUCAGAAAAGCAGACAGAAUGGGAACCAGCCUACACCCCAGUGGGUACAUCCCCGCUGCCAGGGAUCCCUCCCACGUGGCUUCCCACCACCCCAGCUGCAGAGGACCACACUGAAAUCCCCUCUGCCACUGAAGAGCCCUCUGCCCCAGGAGUGCCUUCCACCUCCGAAGAGUCAUAUACAGCAUCACCUGCAACGCCACGUGGGACAGAGCUGCCAGGUUCUGGGGAGGCAUCAGGGGCACCUGACCUCAGCGGUGACUUCACAGGCAGCGGAGAAGCUUCGGGACACCUUGGCUCCAGUGGGCAGCCAUCAGGGACCAGUGAAAGUGGACUUCCCUCUGGUGACCUUGACUCCAGUGGCCUCAGCCCCACAGUGAGCUCAGGCCUGCCAGUAGAAAGUGGGUUGGCCUCAGGGGAUGGAGAAGGAGUGGAGUGGUCCCGGACUCCUACAGUUGGCAGGCUGCCCUCUCGAGGGGAGGGCCUAGAAGGUUCUGCCUCUGGAACAGGAGACCUUAGUGGGCUGCCUUCCGGAAGGGAAAUGAUAGAAGCAUCUGCUUCUGGAGCAGAAGAUACCAGCGGGCUUCCUUCUAGGGGAGACGGUCUAGAAACUUCCACCUCUGGUGUAGAGGAUAUCAGUGGGAUUCCUACUGGAAGAGAAGGUCUAGAAACAUCUGCUUCUGGAGUGGAGGACCUCAGUGGAUUUCCUUCUGGACAUCCAGAAACAACUACCUCUGGAAUAGAGCACAUCAGUGUACUUCCUACUGGAGGAGAAGGUCUAGAAACUUCUGCUUCUGGAGUGGGAGAUCUGAGUGGACUUCCCUCGGGAGAAGAAAGUCUAGAAACAUCUGCUUCCGGUACAGAGGAUGUCACCCAGCUUUCUACUGAAAAACAGGGUCUAGAGACUUCUGCCUCUGGAGUGGAGGACAUCAGUGUGCUUCCUACUGGAAGAGAAGGUCUAGAAACUCCUGCCUCUGGAGUAGAGGAUGUUCGUGGACUUCCUUCUGGAACAGGAGGUCUAGAGACUUCUGCCUCUGGAGUAGAGGACAUCAGUGUGCUUCCUACUGAAGCAGAAGAUCUAGAAACUUCCAUCUCUGGAGGCUAUAUCAGUGGGAUUCCUUCUGGUGGAGAUUCUAUAGAAACUUCUGCUUCUGGAGUAGAAGGUGUGAGUGGCCUCCCUUCUGGAGGAGACAGUCUAGAAACUUCUGCAUCUGGAGUAGAGGAUCUUGAUCUUUCUACCAGGGAAGGCCUGGAGACUUCUGCCUCAGGAGUAGGUGUUACUGAGCCUCCUUCUGGAAGAGAAAAUCUAGAUACCUCUGCUUCUGGGGUAGGUGAGGACCUUAGUGGGCUUCCUUCUGGAAAAGAAGGCCUAGAGACCUCAACGUCUGGAAUUGAGGACCUUGGUGGGUUGCCUUCUGAAAAAGAUUUGGUAGGUUCUGCUUCUGGAGCCCUGGACCUUGACAAGCUACCUUCUGGAACUCUAGGAAGUGGCCAAACUCCAGAAGCAAGUGGCCUUCCCUCUGGAUUUAGUGGUGAAUAUUCUGGAGUGGAAAUUGGAAGUGGCCCAUCCUCUGGCCUGCCUGACUUCAGUGGACUUCCAUCCGGAUUCCCAACUGUCUCCCUAGUGGACAGUACCUUAGUGGAAGUGAUCACAGCCACCACCGCCAGUGAACUGGAAGGAAGGGGAACCAUUGGCAUCAGUGGUGCAGGAGAAGUAUCAGGGCUGCCCUUCGGUGAGGUGGACAGUAGUGGGGACAUUAGUGGUCACCCUUCAGGAACUGAACUCAGUGGCCAAGUAUCCGGGUCUCCUGAUGUCAGUGGAGAAACAUCUGGAUUUUUUGAUGCUAGUGGACAGCCGUUUGGCUCUCAUGGCGUCAGUGAGGGAACAUUUGGGAUUCUUGAAGUCAGUGGGCAGCCGUCAGGGAUCCCUGACACCAGUGGAAUGUCUGUAGUGACUGAGCUUAGCGGACUGUCCUCUGGACAACCAGAUGUCAGUGGAGAAGGGUCUGAAGCGCUCUUUGGCAGUGGCCAGCCCUCUGGCAUACCUUUUGUGAGUGGAGAAACCUCUGGGCUUCCAGAUGUCAGUGGGCAGCCCUCAGGGUCUCCAGUGUUCAGCGGAACAACACCCAGUUCCUCCGACCUGGUUUCUGGCACCAUGAGUGGCAGUGGGGACUCUUCUGGCAUUACAUUUGUGGAUGCCAGUCUUGUUGAAGUGACGACCCCUACUACGCUUAAAGAAGAAGAGGGCUUAGGAUCUGUGGAACUCAGCGGCCUCCCUUCAGGGGAGACGGAUCUGUCUGGCACAUCUGGGACAGUGGAUGUCAGUGGACAGUCUUCUGGAGCAAUCGAUUCCAGUGGACUCCCAUCCUCAGCUCCAGAAUUCAGUGGCCUCCCGAGCGGAGUAGCUGAGGUCAGUGGAGAAUUCUCCAGAGUUGAGACUGGGAGCAGCUUGCCCUCGGGAGCAUAUGAGGGCAGUGGACUUGCUUCAGGUUUCCCUACUGUGUCUCUUGUAGACAGAACUUUGGUGGAAUCUAUAACCCAGGCUCCAACUGCUCAAGAAGCUGGAGAAGGGCCUUCAGGCGUUUUGGAACUCAGUGGUACCCAUUCUGGAAUACCAGACAUGUCAGGGGACCUUUCUGGGUCUUUGGACCUAAGCACACUGCAGUCUGGGCUGGAACCCAGCAUGGAGCCCCCAAGCUCUCCAUAUUUUAGUGGGGACUUUUCUGGCAGCACUGAUGUAAGUGGAGAAUCCAUAGCUAGCACAACUGGCAGUGGGGAAACCUCAGGACUUCCGGAAGUCACUCUAAUUAUGUCAGAGUUAGUGGAGAGUGUGACAGAAACAACUGUUCCCCAGGAACUUGGCCAGGGGCCUUCUGUGACACAUACUCCCGAGCUCUUUGAGGCCAGUGGGGAAGCCUCAGCAUCUGAGGACCUUGACGGAGCUGUGACAGACUCCCCUGGGUCUGGGAUAGAAGCAUCUGUCCCAGAAGCAAGCAGUGAGUCAUCAGCUUACCCUGAGGCUGGAGCAGGAGUAUCCGCUGCCCCUGAGGCCAGCAGUGAACUGUCUGGGUUCCCAGAUCCACACGAAAUCACCUCUGCCUUCCCUGCAGCAGAUCUGGAGGCCACAACCUCAGGUGCGGAGGCGAGCAGCACCUCAUGGACCUUUCAGGAAGGCACCAGGGAGGGGUCUGCUGCUCCGGAAGUGAGUGGAGAAUCUCCCACUACCUCCAGUGUAGACACAGACACUUCAGGCAUGCCUUCUGCCACUCCCGUGUCUUCGGGAGACAGGACUGAAGUCAGUGGAGAAUGGUCUGGUCACACCUCAGAGCUGAACGCCAUCAUCAGCACCACCCUCCCAGAGUCUGAGGGGGCCCAGCCUACCCAGAGCCCUGCAGAGAGGCAUCAAGAAAUCGAAUCCCCGAUCCCCUCAUACUCAGGAGAGGAGACCCAAGCAGCAGAAACAAGCAUCUCCCUGACAGAUGCCCCCAACCCCUCUUCUCCAGAAGGGUCAGGGGAAACAGAGGCAGCUGCUGCAGACAUUGAUGAGUGCCUCUCAAGCCCUUGUCUGAAUGGAGCCACCUGCGUGGAUGCCAUCGACAAUUUCACAUGCUUAUGCCUUCCCAGCUACGGAGGGGACCUGUGUGAGAUCGACCAGGAACAGUGCGAGGAGGGAUGGACCAAGUUCCAGGGCCACUGUUACCGCCACUUCCCUGACCGUGAGACCUGGGUGGAUGCCGAGAGACGGUGUCGAGAGCAGCAGUCCCAUCUGAGCAGCAUCGUCACGCCGGAGGAACAGGAGUUUGUCAACAAAAAUGCUCAAGACUACCAGUGGAUAGGUCUGAAUGACAGGACCAUCGAAGGGGACUUCCGCUGGUCUGAUGGACACUCCCUGCAAUUUGAGAAGUGGCGUCCCAACCAGCCUGACAACUUCUUUGCCACUGGAGAGGACUGUGUUGUGAUGAUCUGGCAUGAGAAGGGCGAAUGGAACGAUGUCCCCUGCAAUUACCAGCUGCCCUUCACAUGUAAAAAGGGCACCGUGGCCUGUGGAGACCCCCCAGUGGUGGAGAACGCCAGGACCCUCGGGCAGAAGAAGGACCGGUAUGAGAUCAGCUCGCUGGUGCGGUACCAGUGUACAGAGGGCUUUGUCCAGCGUCAUGUGCCCACCAUCCGGUGCCAGCCCAGUGGGCACUGGGAAGAACCUCGAAUCACCUGCACAGACCCCACCACCUACAAGCGCAGGCUACAGAAGCGGAGCUUGAGACCCACACAGAGGAGCCGCCCCAGCAGGGCCCACUGAGAAGAGCUUCCAGGAUGUGUCCCCAGGAUGCUGAGCCCAGCGGCCAUCCAGGCUGACCAUGCAUCCCAGCCAGAUGGUGUCUUCUUCUUGUCGCUUUUUGUCAUUAAAGAAGGAAAAAUAAAAAUACCCCACAUUGUGUGUGCCCCGACUCCCCACAUCACCCAAGCUACAUCUAAUUUGUUCUCUCCUCACACCCCCCCCCCAAAAAAAUGCCAAAGCAAAUUUACUGUAACCCAUGGACUGAGUUUAGAGACAUUUCUUUGAUCUCCCACCGUGCCUUUCCAGGGACCAGUGCAGGGACAGGGUGAGAAGGGAUGGGGUUAAAUUAAAUAAAGAAGGUUAUUUUUUUGUUUCCUGACUUUACCCAAGAGAAGUGCAAUGGUUGGUUAUUUCACCUCCAGGAGAAGCUAGGGAGGCAGGAGGAGAAGCUGGAAGGAGACAGGGCAGGGGCAGGGGGAGUAUGGUGGCCUCAGAGCAUAAAGGACUCACAAGAGACAGACUACAGCUUAACGCGUUGGACAAAAGGAACCGAGGUCUGUGCCAUCGAUGAGGAAAGGAGCCUAGGCAGGGGACAGGCUGGCCAAGGGGAAAUGAGGUGGCCUUCCCUCUAGAGUCCCUCUUCUACUGACCACCCUAGCAGGUGUCAUUCCUCGGCUGGACUAGGUAGGGGCACUUCCUUCCCAGGGGUGCUCCACCGUCCCCUUCCCUCUCCCUACCCCGGGACGGUGCAGGCACCAGUGUUCCGUGCACCUAUUUAUAUUUUUUGAAAACUAAAGAUUAUGAUAAUUAUAAUA